AUGGUAUACGGGCAUGAACCGUAUGAGAAUACGGAGCGAGAACUGAGCCGAUCAGAAUUUGAUCGCCGCUUUGGAGAAAUGGAAUUCCCCGAUCUAAACCGACAUGAUGUUUUUGAUGGUUUGAUCUUGGCUUGCUGGCACAACGUUUAUCCAACAAUGGCCUUAGCAGCCUAUGAUUUCAAGCGUAAGACACAAGUUGUCGUCGGCCUUACUGCAGAAUAUAAGACUAUCCAUCGCGCGCAGGAAAAGAAAAAAUGUGAAGCUCUAAUCCGAAGGGGUUUACUCGGGCGAGAAGUAGCAUUACACUACCAGCCGCUCUGGUGGAAGUACUUGAAUGCAAUGAAGGAGGCAACGGGCACAAAAUGUUUGUCGUCAAGUCAAAUUGCACAAUGUCAAGGCCUUGUGUUGCACGAUAGCCAUGCUGAGAUUCUCGCCUUGCGCGCAUUCAAUAACUGGCUCCUUAAAGAGUGUGAAUCAAUCCUAUUACAAAGUAACGAUUCUGGAAUAUCUAGCAAGAACUCUUCCAACGAAGCUUUACGGUUUCUUGAAUUACGAACAACCGGUGAUUCAGCUAAUAAAUCCGAGCUCUACAGUGGCGGCGACGAGGCUACGUGGCCGCCAUUCAAAUUAAAAAGUGAUGUUAAAAUAUGGAUGUACUGCACUUGUGCACCUUGUGGGGAUGGAAGUAUGGAACUAUGUAUGGCAGCUCAAGAGGAUCCAACACCCUGGGCCACUACUUCUCCUGAGCCAAUGACCGAGGUUGGGGUUGACCUAACGAACAAGCUGCUUGAUGGCCGCGCUCGUUUCUCGGCUUUGGGCACGGUCCGUCGCAAGCCGUCUCGUCCUGAUGCACAGCCAACACUAAGCAAAUCCUGCUCAGACAAGCUUGCUGCUAAGCAAGUUUUAUCAGUCUUAUCAUUUCCCGCCUAUUUCCUAAUUGCACCAUCCCCCAGUGCGUACUUGGCGAACCUACUUCUUCCUGAAGACGAGAUUCACCCAGCCGCAUUCGAUCGGUGCUUUGGUACUGGAGAAACAGGCCGUCUUCGAGUCCUUAAUGGAGAAAAAUGGAAAGAUCCAGAGAGCACAGAUGGCUACUAUGAGGUCCGCCCGUUUGGCGUUCGGUCUAUUACGAUGAAGCAAGCAAAUUUUCUCUGGCAAUUUUCCAAGCAAAGAGACCCAAAUGGAAAGCUGAGAAAGCCUGGGAAUAUAUCUGCACUGUGGAUUGCAACCCCGUCUCGUGGGCCCCAGCCAGCCUAUACUUUGUUCAGCAACCGGGCUUUAGAGCAUAGCAAUUGUGAGAAAACAAGAAUGAGAAUGUUUCCUACCAAUAUUACAGAAACAAUUAUCAAUGGUGUCAAGCAGGGCUACUACAUCUCUUCCCUCGAUGCACGCAAAGCCAGUGUCUUAUCUCGAGCUAAGGAAUGGCAGUUGCUCAAAACAGUCGUCCAACAGUUACCUGGAUGGCCUCUCGACAGAGAUGAUAUCAGACCUAGAAGCGAGGUUUUCUGGGAUGAUAAAUUAGAAAUACAGCACAAGCUAUUACGAGAAUGUGUUUUCUCUUCAUCAUAUCUCGCCAUGAAGCAGGCUGCCACAAAUUUUAAAUUUCUGAUGUUACGAGCAAAGGCAUCAGCAGACGUUCGGGGGGUUUUAGGGAACUGGAUUGAAAAUCGGGGGGAUGAACAGUGGGGCCUAAACGUCCUUGCACAAAGUCAACGAAAGCCAGCCCGUGGCAGGACACCAAAAAAGAACAAUGCUCAAUAA